AUGACUAACCCCCAAGAUAAUCCUGGCACUCCCCCACCAGUAUCCCCUUCGAAUACAUCCUCAUUUACACCCCCUAGUGAAACUCCAAAACCUUGGUUUCGUAGACAGAAAAUGUUGGCCAGAAAAACUAUAGCUUCUGGAGCUCUAAGAAAAGUUCUAAAUGAGAAAUUGAAAGCUAGCCAGAGGAAGGAAAGUCCUACUCAAGAAUAUGACUCAAGCUCUGAGUCUGAAGCUUUUAUUUCUGCCAGUGAAGGAGAAGAACAUGGGUCUUCUGACACUGCCAAAAUUCAAGAAACCCCUGGUGAGGUAAGUUCUUGUGUGGUACUCUCUACUGUGGUUGAAAAUGUAGAAAAUAGGUUUGUCUUGGUUGGUCCUGUCAAAGAUAUAAAGGGGGCUGAAUCUAGUAAAAGUGGAGGUGGCAACAAGUCAAGGGGAAGUGGUUCUGGGGAGGCGGCUGAAGGGCUUGUGCACUUAAGCAAGCAACAAGAUGAAUCUGGUUCAUCUGUUGAAGAAACACUGGCUGAUCUUCUGAAGAGGGUUGGGGCCAGUUAUGAUCCAAAGAAGUGUAAAGCUUCCACACAAAAGGCUCAAACUGCUUCCAAGCCAACAAAGAAAAGCAAAAUGUCAUCCCCAAAACCUAUUGUACCUUCAGUACCUAAGUGA